AUGGGUGCCGUGGAGAGCACCGAGAGGGAGAGGGAGCCGCUGCUGUGGCCGAGACAAGCCGAAGCGAGACAAGCCGAAGCCAGAGUCCAGGCAGUACACAGCAGCAGCAGGGUGUACGGACGAAGAUGGCUGGUGUUAAGCUUGUUCUCAAUGCUCGCCUUUUUACAAGGGAUGGUGUGGAACACAUGGGGCCCCAUCCAAAACUCUGCCAAGCAUGCUUUCGGCUUCUCAUCUACGGACAUUGCCGUUUUAGUCAUUUGGGGACCCGUGGGCUUCCUCCCGUGGCUCCUGUUUGUGUGGCUGAUGGACAAGAAAGGGUUGCGGUCUUCUCUCCUGCUCACAGUCUUCUUCAUGGUGUUGGGCUCCACUCUGCGCAGUAUCCCUCUCUCAAACCUGCAGCUCAGACGCUGGUUAAUUCAUGGUGGACAGCUUCUUAAUGGUUUAGCCGGUCCAACCCUUAUGAGUGCCGGCCCUCUACUCUCCACUACAUGGUUUGCUCCAGAUCAGAGGGCUACAGCCACAGCUGUUGCAUCAUUGGUCGGCUACCUUGGAGCAGCCUGCUCCUUCCUGAUUGGUCCUCUGGCUGUACCAGCGCCCAACGAUACACAAAUAGUCAACGGCAUCACCCACUUUGACACUGGGUACAUCAGGGACAGGAUACAGUACGUUCUCUAUACAGAAUUGGGGAUGAUUGCAGUCCUCUUUGCUGUCGUGCUGCUCUAUUUCCCAUCCAGGCCGCCCAUUCCACCCAGCGUAGCAGCGGCUAGCCAGCGACUCAGCUACAGAAGCAGCAUCUGCAGAUUGCUGAGUAACAUGAGGUUCCUGAUGAUCGCACUUGCCUAUUCGGUGCCUACAGGAGUUGUAGCUGGAUGGUCUGGUGUGUUGGACAUGAUUCUGACUCCUGUCAGGGUUAGCCAGGUAGAUGCAGGAUGGAUAGGCUUUUGGUCUAUUGUUGGAGGCUGUGUGUUUGGAGUAGCCAUGGCAAGGUUUGCUGACUCUAUCCGGGGAAUGCUGAAGCUGAUUGCAGUGCUGAUGAUGGCUGGAGCCUCACUGGCAGCCACAUGGUUCACACUCACCUGCCUGACCGGACUUACUCACCUACCGUCCACUCAAGCCACACUUUAUACCUCCUGUAUCCUGGUGGGCAUCUUCAUCAACAGCAGUAUUCCCAUCUUCUUCGAGCUUUUCAUUGAGACGGUUUACCCUGUGCCAGAGGGCAUUACCUGCGGUGUCGUCACCUUCCUCAGCAAUCUCUUCACAGGCCUGCUCCUUUUCUUUCUCACCUUCCACUUCACAGAGCUAUCCUGGUUGAAUUGGUGUCUUGCAGGCUCCUGCCUCUUCAGUCUGCUCCUCAUUCUUUUCUUCAGGGAAUCAUAUGACCGUCUUUAUGUGGACGUCUUGGUAUCAGUCUGAGUGGGCUGUUGUAUCAGGAAAAAGACUGAACUCUGCUGGCACCUACUUGCACAAAGAAGACAUGAAAUGCAUCAUCGUUCUCUCAUUUCAACGGGAAAGUUACAUGUUUCGUGAUAGCAUCGUAAACAAGAAAAGAUGGCAGCACCUUACCUAUGAUGGUAGUAGUGUUGGUGUUUCUGGGUUUUUGUACUUGAUAUUUUGGUCAUUGUAAAUGUUUGUUUACUUGAACUAAUGAUGAUGUGUUUGAUGUAUAUUCAUUACAUGAGUGUUGAUGCUCAUAAGGGAGUUUAAGGCUGUCUCCUGCAAGGCCUGCAGUAAUGAGACUUCCAGCCUUUUCCGGAGAUAUUUAAUAGGACCUUUAGGGAUAAUUAUAGUCAUGCUCAAUCAUCUGGUGUCGAAAGACUUAGUAGUUUAGUGUUAUUCAUAACCAUUACAUAAACAUUGGAGGAAGUAGUACUGUAAACGACCUGUGACAGUGCCCAUCAUGAAGUGGCCUAUGUGCUAGUCUGUCCCUGCUCAUUUUCCCUCUUCAGACCUUCUGAUUAUACAAAUGAUGAUUCCUGCUUCUCGUUCACAUCCAGUAGGGUUGAAUCUGCCUCUCAGUUUCAAACCUGUGAUUGGGGAAGGAUCCUUCUGUGUAGUUCAGUGGGAGGAACGGUCUAGAAGUUUUCUUCCAAGUCUUUCUUUGAAUCAUGUCUCUUCUGUCCCAGAGCAGAUUCACACAUGUGCAGAAAGUGUCAUCUCAUGAGCAUUUCAUGAGCGUAAAGCUUUUGUUUUACAGCUGCUGUAAGCACAGUGUAGGCAUCGACUGUACGGACAUUCACGGAGUCUAUUUUUUUUUGUUUUGUUUUUUUGUUUUAGUGUUUAUGAAUUGUGUCAUUGGUGCGUAUAAAACCUCACAUGUGCCGUGUAAUUUAUGCAGUAGGUGUUUUUUUUUUUUUAUUAUUAUUAUUUAUUUGAGGUCUCCAAACACUAACACAUGUUUAAUGGAUUAUAUGUCUGUUUAAGUACUUGACAUUAGUCAUGGCCAUAAAUGUAAGAAGGGAUACUGUAUUUUAAAAACAGACCUAUGGCUAACAUUGAAUAAUGCAGUAUGAAGACUUAUGAUCGUUUUUUGCAUAAUGCUGACUUUCUUCCAUCUUUAAUGAGCAUUUAUGUAUACUUUCUUAGUGUAGUAGUUCAUCUUAUUAGUGAUGUGAAGAUUAUAGCGGACAGGGUUUUAGACUCUUUAUUGCCUGUGUAGUUGCAGGUCCACUCACUGCCUAGUCUUUUUACUGUCUUUCUCACUAUGAGCCCUUGUUUUGAGAAUGAACUUCAGGGGAUUUGGGAUUUUUUUCCCCCUUUGCUUUCAGUAAGGUAUAAUGUGGUUCAAUAAGUCCCAGGGCUUCAGAUUAAAUAGUGUCUCCAAAGAAGGCCAAAACACCAGAAAAUCUUCAGAGAGACCUAGCUGAUGGAUCUGUGGAUUUUUGGGGGGGCUUAAACAGGGCCUUAAAGCACUGUUUUACUCUUACAGCCAUAGAAAGAAAUUGUAGCUGACUACAUGGUGGCCAUAAGGUGAAAUAACUUUUGUCUUUUGCCCUCGGACUGUUUUGAGGCAUUCACAGAGUGGUACCACAGAGGAUUAUGGGAAGGCACAGCACUGCACCUCUUUGCCUGGAAGUGAAUUUUUUUUUUUUUUUUUUUUUUUUUGUCUUUUUAUGUACUAAAUGGAUGUCUUAACCCACUGUGAAAUGUUGCCUUAAUUAACAGUGACCUGUGCAAUUUUUUCCCCCUCUCUCUUCCCUGUGCUUGUUCCUGAGCAGAACUGUAUUUCAGACACACCCAUUGUUCAUGAACUGUUUCUCAUUUUAUUGUUAAUCAGAGGGACUUUUAGGGAUCAGGAUGUCCUUGUCUUUGUUCCAGAUUCUGUAUAUGUAUGUGAUUUUCAGCACCUUAUUAAAAACAUAUUUUGAAAGAACAA